AUGGUUAUAAUAUUUCAGAAAGUAAUCGAGCAAUGUCGAAAUAAACGCAAGUGUAAAAUUGUUGUCAAGCCGUCGUUCUUCGAUCGUGAUCCAUGCCCGAACACAUCAAAAUAUUUGCAAAUUUCUUAUAAAUGCAAACCGAUCUCAUUCGAUGAUCAAAAUUUUUGCGAAGGAUCAAAUAUGCAGUUGAGUUGUAAGCCGAAUAAACGAUUGGCCAUUUAUUCGGCACAGUACGGACGUACUGUCAACGGUCAAGCGAUGCACUGCACACCGAAUACACCGGUUGCGAAAGGUAUCAUUUAG